AUGCCUACCGGGCAGGUUCUGCUGUACUCUGGCUUACGAAGCGAAAACGCUCAACGUGCCAACCGGCCAAUAAACGAGCGGAUAAUCGUGGCUAGAUUCAGGACGCGGGUCAGAAACCUGACUUUCGUUCAAGUUUAUGCGCCGACGGAUGCUGCCGACUUGCAGGAAAAGGAGGAGUUUUACAGUCAACUGAGCGGAGUUGUCAACGAGAUCCCGAAGGGUGACAUCCGAAUCUACGCAGGCGACUUCAACGCGAAGAUAGGCUCUGACAACACAGACCUGGAGCGCAUCAUGGGGCCCCAUGGUCUUGGAGAAAUGAGCGAGAACGGUGAGCUGUUUACAGAGUUCUGUGGUAACCAAGACAUGGUGAUUGGGGGAUCACUCUUUCCCCAUCGCUCAGUGCACAAAGUCACGAGGGUGUCACGUGAUGGAAGAACGGAGAAUCAGAUCGACCACAUCUGCAUCAGCCGCCAGGGCUUUUGUCGGCGAGCUCAAGCCCGAGCCUUGGAGAUUCCGGACAGCACUGUUGAAGAGGAGUGGCAGUUCAUCAAGGACGCCUUCGCUGUUACCGGCGAGAAUACUCUGGGGAUGCUGCGAACUCAGAGGAAAGAGUGGAUUUCGGAUGCCACCUGGGAUAAGAUAGAGGAGAGGAAGCAGGCUAAGGCUGCCAUUGUUAGCGCAAGGACGAGAGCGACGAAGGCACGUACCCGCCAAACGUACGCCGAACUGGAAAAGGCUGUUAAGCGCUCUUGCAGGGGGGACAAGAGAGCCUGGACGGAUUCCCUUGCCGACGAGGGAGAGAAAGCUGCUAACAAUGGCGACAUGCGCCUCCUCUACGACAUUUCGCGACGUUUGUGUGGUGCCAGGACGAAUACGCGCAUUCCGGUGAAAGACAGGAGCGGUCAGCUGAUUACCGAUCCAGCUGAUCAGCUUAAACGAUGGUUCGAGCAUUUUGAGCAGCUGCUACAAUCUCGCAUCCACGUCCAAGCCCUCAGUACCAUCCGCAAAAUGUUAGGCGGAUCAACCAGGUGA